AUGAAGCAGCUUUUCCUGGCAGCGAUUGCUGUCACUUUGCACCUGGUGCGAGCGCAGGACCCAUGCGUCCCAGGCGUAACCUGUGCAACGUUCAACUGCACCACAGACAGUCGGUGCCCGGCGGUGAAUCCACCCGAGGGACCGAAGCUGCUGCCACAUACCAACUGUGCCAAGUUUUACAAGUGUGCUAAUGGUCAAGCGUGCGAGUACGACUGCCCGGCCAAUUUGCACUUCAACCCCGUGGAGCUUGUUUGCGAUUGGCCAGAGCGAGCGUGCUGUGUUCUACCGUGUUUGCCACAAGAUCCGUGUAUACCCGGCGUGACCUGCCCACCAUCCGAACCGCCGAUCAUACCAACGCCACCUCCACCGACACCUCCCACACCAGCACCGCCGACACCUCCCACCCUACCGCCACCGAGCAUUCCCACCGCUCCCACACCAGCGCCACCAACGAUUCCGACCGCUCCCACGCCGCCACCACCAACCCCCGGAAACUGCGUCCCGGACGCACGCUGCAAUCCAAACGAGGAUCCAAACAAUCCGACCACUCUGCCGCACGAAUCCAACUGCGGACAGUUCUACAAGUGUGACCUCGGCAAUCGGUGCCUACUGUCUUGCCCGAUCGGGCAACACUUUUGGCCACUCAGAGGGGUGUGUGAACGGCCAGAAGUCGCUUGUUGCGACCAAACGUUGUGCAAACCCAGUCAGUGUGUUGAUGAUGUACGCUGCCCAAUCUAUGAAGAUCCCUUCUUCCCGAGCGUCUUUCCACACGAAACCGAUUGCUCUAUGUUCUACAAGUGUGAUCUAGGCAGAAGAUGUCCGGUACCGUGCGGAACAGGAACGCAUUUUAGCAAAGAAACGGGACGGUGCGAAGCACCUGAUCAAGCGUGCUGCGAUGAUAGAAUACCUUGUCGAGGACCGACCGUUAGUGUCUGUGCCGUUGAUCCCCGGUGUCCAGUGUUCGACAAUCCGUUUGAUCCAACUGUGCUAAGGCAUCCGACCGAUUGUUCGCUAUUUUACAAAUGCGACAAUGGCCAAGCCUGCCAGCUAACGUGUCCACCAGGGCAGCACUUUAGACAAGACACGCCAACAACAGGUAGCUGCGAUUGGCCGGAUAGGGCAUGCUGUAAUCCGACGUUUUGUACGGCGACAACUACGGCAUGUCGACCAGACAGCCGCUGUCCGCUGUAUGAUGAUCCAAACAAUCCAUUGCUUCUCAGACAUACCACCUCCUGCGACAGAUUCUACAAAUGUGCAGCUGGGCAAGCCUGUGAUCUGCCAUGUCUGCACGGACAUUUCAGUGAAGCGCUGCAGCGCUGUGAACGUCCCGAAAUUGCCUGCUGUGAUCCUUCAGUGCCAUGCGAGAAUCCCCCAGCAACUCCCGCGCCACCUCCAGUGCCAACUCCCGGCCCACCUCCAGUACCAACUCCCGGUCCACCGCCAGUACCAACUCCCGCUCCACCUCCAGUACCAACUCCCGGUCCACCGCCAGUACCAACUCCCGGUCCUCCACCAGGUCCAACACCUGGUGAUCCUUGCAUUCCAGGUGUUACUUGUCCUCCAAGUGAUGCCGGUAAUUGUGUCAUUUACGCUGCAUGCCCGCCGUGGAAUGGUCCAACACCGACAUUGCUUCCCCAUCCCACAUACUGCGGAAUGUUCUACAAGUGUGACAAUGGAAGAGCAUGCGAGCAUAACUGUCCAGCUGGUUUACAUUUCAACAAAGAGUUGAGUGUGUGCGAUUGGCCAAACAGCGCCUGCUGUGAUCCAACCAUACCAUGCAAUCCUCCGUGUAUUCCGGGAGUUACUUGUCCUCCAGUAGGACCACCAACUCUUCCACCACCAACUCUUCCGCCACCGACUCUUCCUCCACCGACUCUACCACCACCGACUCUACCACCACCAACUCUACCCCCUCCUACCCUGCCACCACCUACUCUUCCACCACCCACCCUACCACCACCCACUCUUCCACCGCCAACCCUACCUCCUCCACCAGUAACUACCGAUCCUUCUGAUCCCUGCAUUCCAGGAGUUACUUGUCCUCCAAGUGAUGCCGGUAACUGUGUCAUCUAUGCUGGAUGCCCGGCAAGAGAUGGUCCAACGCCGACACUUCUACCUCAUCCCACAUACUGCUCGAAGUUCUACAAGUGCAACAAUGGAUUCGCUUGUGAACACGACUGUCCUGCAGGUUUACAUUUCAAUGAACAGUUGAAUGUCUGCGAUUGGCCAAGCAACGCCUGCUGUGAUCCAACCAUACCAUGCAAUCCUCCGUGUAUUCCGGGAGUCACUUGUCCUCCAGUAGGACCACCAACUCUUCCACCACCGACUCUUCCUCCACCAACUCUUCCUCCACCGACUCUUCCUCCACCGACUCUUCCACCACCGACUCUACCACCACCAACUCUACCCCCACCUACCCUGCCACCACCUACUCUACCACCACCUACCCUACCACCACCCACUCUUCCACCGCCAACCCUACCUCCUCCACCUGUAACUACCGAUCCUUCUGAUCCCUGCAUUCCAGGAGUCACUUGCCCUCCAAGUGAUGCCGGUAAUUGUUUUGCUGAUGAUCGGUGUCCGCCAAGAAAUGGAGUCACACCCAAAUUACUGCCACAUUCUGCCUGUGAAAUGUUCUACAAGUGCAACAAUGGAUAUGCUUGUGAGCACAACUGUCCUCCGGGUUUACAUUUCAACGAAGAUUUGAGUGUGUGCGAUUGGCCAAGCAACGCCUGCUGUGAUCCAACCAUACCAUGCAAUCCUCCGUGUAUUCCGGGAGUUACUUGUCCGCCAGUAGGACCAACACCGGCCCCACCGACUCUUCCUCCACCUACCCUACCGCCACCUACCCUACCGCCACCUACCCUACCACCUCCAACUGUUCCACCGCCAACCGUACCUCCACCAACUCUUCCACCGCCCGUAACUCCCACGAUCGGUCCUUCGGAUCCCUGCAUUCCAGGUGUAACCUGUGCCCCGGACAACUGUCACAACGAUAUGCGCUGUCCAGCACUGGACGGUUUGAAGCCUACGCUCUUUGCGCACGCGGAAUGUCACAAGUUCUAUAAAUGUUCCAACCGCAAGGCCUGCGAGCAUUCCUGCCCACCGGGGUUGCAUUUCAACGCGAAGCUGUUUGUGUGCGACUGGCCAGGAAGUGCAUGUUGUGAUCCGACGAUUCUAUGCGAUCCGCCCUGCAUUCCAGGCAUCACAUGCAGCAUUCGAUCCGAAAGUCUACCCUCACACCGGCAAAACCCACUCAGUGCGGCCAUGUACCUUCCACUCUUCCUAGCUGUCACGCUGGCAGCGGUGCUUACCAGCGGACAGCAACCGUGCGACCCGUCCGUCACCUGUCCCACGUUCAACUGCCACCCUCACCCGAAUUGCCCGGCCAAGGAUCCACUUCAUCCAGUGCUGCUUCCACACACCGAUUGCGGCAAAUUCUACAAGUGCAACAGUGGCAAUGCCUGCGAACAGGAGUGCCCCGUCGGGCUGCACUACAAUUCACGCGAACAGUCGUGCGAUUGGCCGAACAGAGCGUGCUGCGAUCCAAACGUCGAGUGCGGUUUGCCAGAAGCGCCACCGACCAACUGCGUGCCCAACCCGAACUGUCCUGCCUCGUCGCAAGAUACAGUGCUGCUACCGCACAACAACUGUGCCAUGUUCUACAAAUGUUCCGGACCAUUCGCCUGCCCAAUGAACUGUCCGCCACUGCUGCACUUCAACCCGAAGCAGAACGCUUGCGAUUGGCCCGAGCGUGCAUGUUGCGAUCCGACCAUACCCUGCGACCCAUGCAUUCCAGGCGUAACCUGCCCGCCAACGGGACCUACACCUGCCCCAGUUCCCACACCCGCUCCACCUCCACUACCAACUCCCGCUCCUCCUCCACUACCAACUCCCGCUCCACCUCCAGUACCAACUCCAGGACCUGGCCCCAUUCCAACACUGCCGGAUACGCCAUGCGAUCCUUCGGUCACCUGUCCGCUUAACUGCGUCGAGGAUAUGCGUUGCCCACCGCGCGACGGUGCCAAGCCGAUACUGCUACCGAGCACGAACUGCGCCAAGUUCUACAAGUGUCAAUCCGGCCGAGCGUGCGAGUUUGACUGUCCCGGGGGGCUGCAUUUCAACGCCAAGGAAAUGGUGUGCGAUUGGCCGCACCAGGCUUGCUGUGAUCCAACCGUCGAGUGCAUGGUCAUGGGCACACUGCUGUUGUUUGGCAUUUUUGGAAUGGCGUACGGUAUGGAUACGAUCACGUGGAGCAUGGCUGGGGACUGCACGGUCGAUGCAAGGUGCCCCUCGAUCGAUAAUUCGUUGCAUCCAGUCUUUCUUGCCCAAGCUACUAACUGCAACAAGUUCUACCAGUGCUCCUAUGGCAAGGCCUGUGAGCUGACGUGUCCCAUCGGGUUACACUGGUCCGUGCAGUUCAAUCGUUGCGAGUGGCCAAAUGUGGCAUGCUGUGAUCCAUCGGUAGCGUGUCUUCCUUCCAACCCGUCGGCACCCAGCAACCCGGUACCGAUCCCAACCCCCACGACAAUGGCACCGACAGUGGUAACACCCGGAAACAACGCACCCAACCCUACGCAGUGUGUUGCCGAUGCGCGAUGCCCCUUAGAUGACAAUCCAAACAAGCCCACGCUACUGCCGCACGAAACUAACUGCGGCUUAUUUUACGCAUGCUCGUACGGCAGACGGUGUCCAUUGCAAUGCAACGCAGGCGAGCACUUUAGCGUACAACUGCAGCGUUGUGAUUGGGCACAGUAUGCCUGCUGUGAUUCAACCAUACCGUGUCAGCAGCUACCGAUGCUGCGAUGA